GUAAUAACAAACGAGACGAUCAAGAAAGAAGACCGAAAAACAACUCAAAAUGAAUCAAAUCCUUCAAAAAUAUCUCAUAAUAUUCCUAUUCUCCAUAAGCCAUGCUAAUGAGAAGAUAGACAAGAUAGAAGAUGAACUUAGAGAAGAACAAAGAUUACUACGCGAAAAUCAAGCUAGAUUGCAACUAGAAACUUAUCGCAGGGGAUUUAAAGUUAAAAGAGGUUAUCAAGUCGCUGCUUCCAAAUCCAUGCAGUUGGAAGUCAAAGGAUAUGCAAAACAAUAUGAAAUGACGGACAAAGUCCUGGAAAAAAUGUUCAUGGUAUUGAAAGAUUCUAAGACAGCAUUGAUUGAAAGUGGUUAUACUCCAGGAGAUCCAUUCCCGACAGACAAGAAAAUACAAGAAGCUUUGGCUCAUGUGUUAGAAAAUACAGCUUUCUUUGGAGAUAUUCUGCUGAGGCUACCUGAUAUCACCCACCAGAUUUACAGCAAGUCGAAAGAAAACCAGUUGAUCAUGAAGUGGUGCAUCAGUAUUUGUAAUGCUUCAGAAGUAUAUGACAAAACAGGACAUCAACUUCUUGAUCUAAUUGCCCAGGAACUUGAAUUGAUACCUAAAGAUGAGAACUACAUCAACCCUUACAAAGAAUCAACAAUGCUGGAAAAAGAAUUUGCUAAGCAGAAAGCAGAAGGAAAAGGUCACACUCCACAACAAAAGAAAAAGGAAAAGAAGAAGAAGAAAAAGAGGGGUCCAAAACUUUCUGACGAACUAUAAAUUAACUGGUAAAAAUAUUUAUUGAAGGCAGGCAUUUGUAAUAUUUUAAUUACCUGCCAAAAAAUUAUGAAAAAAAAAUGGUUUAAGAAUUGCCCUCCAGGAUUCAUAACUGUUUUUACAUCAUUUUUUAAAACUCCAGCCCAACCUUCAAGAGUUCUGGUAUGCUUCUUAAAAUAAUUUUUACAGAUUGAAAAAAAAAAAAGAUAUUUGUAUCUUAGAAUGCAAUAAUUUAUA